AAUUUAUUCAAAUCCAGAUAGCUAACGGCUGACAAAAGUAGAGAUGAAAUCUCCACUGCUUUCGCCGUGUCCCGCCACCGUCACCGUCCGCCGCAAUCCACCUCGGAGAGCACGCCCAACCCCCUCUUCCGCCAUCCCCUUCCGUGAACCGCUCUCCUCACCCUCUCUUUUGCGUGACAUUUUCGCCACUGAUGCCGCAAACCACAACCCUAACAAUGCCCAACAUAUCAAACCCGAUGAUUCUUCAACCCCAACCAUCCCCGAAAACCUCAAGGUAUUCUUACGAAUUCGCCCCCCCGUUAUUCAGAAAACCAGCAGAACUAUCGCAGAAUCAAAAAACGCUUGGCCGAAAAAUCCUAAGAUCAAUUCAAGGCCGAAGACGAAGAAAGUCACUGAAAUCUGCUUACAACCGAACGACGAUCUGCGCACUGUCACAGUCUCGACUCCGCAGCCGUUGCAAGAGAUGAAGAGGAUCAAAUCGGAAGUGUAUGAAGGGUUUUCGCGAGUGUUUCCUGCUGAAUCAUCUCAGAAUGAUGUUUAUGAGGAAAUGGUGAAGCCUCUAGUUGACGAUUUUUCUAAGGGGAAAAGUGGGAUGCUCGCCGCCUUGGGACCUAGUGGUUCGGGGAAAACUCACACUGUUUUCGGGAGUGCCCGAGAACCUGGUAUGGUACCACUUGCCCUUCGUCGCAUUUUCAGUCAAGAUGAGAGCAGCGCAGCUCAAUCAUCUAGGGUCGUCUAUCUCUCAAUGUUUGAGAUAUCUUCGGAGAGAGGAAAGGGUGAAAAAAUGAUUGAUUUGCUACAUGAUGGCGGUGAUGUCAGCUUGCAACAUUCAGUUCUCAAAGGACUUCGAGAGGCUGUUGUUAAUGAUGCUCAGCAAGCUGAGUCUCUGAUUGCACAUGGAAUGCUGAAACGAGCAACUGCUACAACAAAUUCAAAUAGUCAGUCAAGCCGUUCACAAUGCAUCAUUAACAUACGGUGGGGUUCCAAGCAAGGUGGUGAAGAAGUUGAUGGCAAUGCGAACAACACAACAUUGACAAUUGUAGAUCUUGCUGGAGCAGAGAGGGAAAAGAAGACGGGAAAUCAGGGGGCUAGAUUGCUCGAAAGUAAUUUCAUCAACAAUACAUCAAUGGUGUUCGGACAAUGCUUGAGGUCACUGUUGGAGCACCAGAAGAACCGUAAUAAAACACUGCAGAAGCAUUACAAAAAUUCCUUGCUAACCAGAUAUUUGCGAGACUAUUUAGAAGGCAAAAAGAGGAUGACGUUGAUUUUAACCGUCAAACCUGGAGUAGAAGACUAUCUUGAUACAUCAUUCCUGUUGAGGCAGGCUUCACCAUUUUCAAAAAUAAAGUUUAAAACUGUGGAGGAGACUGUAAAUUUGACCAACAAGAGGCUCAACCAAGCAUUGCCUCAAGCAGGGCAACUAAAGAAAAUGAAGUUUGGCAGCAAUGAAAAUUCUUUGAUUACUGAAGGAAAAACUGACAGAUGUUUCCCAGAAAAUUUGCUCAAAGAGAUUCCUGUUAAAGCAAUUGAGGGUUCUGUUGAUCAAGGCAUUCAAGACAACGAUGAGAACAUAAAUGUUCUUGCUCUAUCCAAUGGUAUUUCUGGAUUGGGGAUUCAUGAAAAUAUGUUAAAGGGAAAUGUCAACAAUCUUAAGGUAAAAAAGGACAGGGAGUACAGAAUCAUGCAAGGAUUUUCAAAAGCAUUGUGGAAUGUUCUGAAACAGUACAAGGAAAAACUUGAGGCAGUGGAAAUAGAAAACGGUCAUCUCAGGGACAGCUUAGCCAAUGAAAAGGCAAGAAGUCUGGACCUCAAGAAUGAACUUACCAAUGAAAAGACGAGGAUCUUGGACCUGGAAAAUGAAGUAAAGGAGUUGAAGACUCGAUGUAUUUGUCGUAAACCUUCAACUAAUGUCUUGCAAGUGUCAACACAUGGAUCUGAUUUUGAUCUUUCAAACUAUCAAAUGGCUAAAACUCCGGAGGUGAAGUCAGACAUUUUAUCUCCUUCCAUGAGAGGUUUGGAAAAGACUGAAAAUGAGAAUACAACCAAUCCCUCAGCUAGAGAUUUGGUUGGAAGUUUUGCUUCUUGUUCAGAUGAAAGCAAUGAGCAACACCCACAGCAACUUGAAGAUCUCAAAGAAUGUAGUGUUGACACUGAAAAUAAAAAGGGCUCGAGAGAUACAACCACACCAGAUACAUGCUUCACAAAUAAGGCACUUCUACUUCUACCUAGUACUAACAGCUCCCCAGAAUUGGUUUGCUGUGAGGAUAUGGGCACAAUGGAUAUCCCUUGCACAGCCAUUCAGUCGACAUUUGGGUCUGUCUGCAUUAAUCAGAAGUUUGAACAAGAUGCCUUAAAUAUUGUGGCAGAUGUGAAGAAUUUGGAAUCAGAGAGUGACCGUGCGCUGGACGGAUCUUGUCUUGUGAAUGUUUUUGAAUAUGAAAGCAAUGGAAACUCCUAUGACCUUGGAGAUCUAAAAGAUGCAAAAGCAAAACAGGAGCCAACUCAGUUGCAAAAUUGUAUGGAAGCAGCUACUCAGUCGACAAGUGGGUCCAGCUAUACCAGUCACAAGUCUGAACAAGAUGCUUUGAAUAUUGUGGGAGGUGUAAAGAGCUUGGAAUUAGAGAGUGAAUCUGCACUGAAUGGAUCUUGCCUUGUGGAUUAUCUUGAAAAUGAAAGCAAUAGAAACUCCCAUGAUCAUGAGGAUAUGAAAGAUGCAAAAACAGAAGAAGAGCUAACUCAGUUGCAAAAUGAUAACGGGACAUCAUUGGUUGUGCAACAAAAUCUUCCCAUGGCAGCCCAUUCACAUGCUGACCUGAAGUCUUCUGAAUCUUGCCAGAUUGGUGACACAGAUAAUCAUGCUAAUUUUGCAGAUAAUGACACAUCAUUGGUUGAAGAACAAAAUGUUUCCACGUCAGAGAAUUUGCAUUCAGAGAAUUUGCAUGCUGACCUUAAGUCAUCGAGAUCUCCUCAAAACGGUGGCAAGUGUUAUCAUGUGAAGGAAAAAGAGGAUACACCGAAGCUACUGGAUAGUAUACUGCCAAAGGAAGGAAUGGAUGCCCAAAACAAGCCCAAAUCUCAUAAAGUUGCUUCUUGCAACAAUCAGCUUACUAAGAAACCAAGAAGGAGACUGCAACCAGCUUCGUCUCUGUUGCUAAAGGAUCUGAGCAUGUUGGACAUCAACGAUGAAAAUGACAAACCAAAGGGAGCCAAGGCAGGGAAGAAAGUGACAACGGAUGAAAAGAGCAGAACACAAGGCAGCUUAUCUCUCCUUAAUUUGCUUACGAAAACUUGAUCAGUGAGAUAUAGUCUCAUUCUCUAACUUUUCUUGUAUGUACAGGCAUAUUUUGGAAACAUCUGUUCUUUGAAGCCACAAAAGUCACUCUUCACCUUCUUACAGAUCAUCAUUUUGUUACAUAAAAAAAAUAGUCAUCUUUACAUCUAUUUAUUUGCCUUUAUUGUUUUGUCAUAUAAUGGUUCUUGUGCUCUAAGAACUCAGCUUCAUAUAUUAUGACAAAUUUUCUGACAUGCUGUUUUAGAAUGCAUGAGGAAUUCUGAUA